UUAAAGGUCUGCGAACGGAUCCCAACUAUCAGCACUCAGUUAAAAAUUCUGUCAACUGUCAAAGCCACCAUGUUGGGACGUACUAACAUCAGUGAAGAGGAGUCUGAGCAGGCUACGGAAAUGCUGGUCCACAAUGCACAGAACCUGAUGCAGUCCGUGAAGGAGACGGUGAGAGAGGCAGAGGCGGCCUCCAUUAAGAUCCGAACUGACGCUGGAUUCACUCUGCGCUGGGUCAGAAAGACUCCAUGGUACCAGUAAACCGAGGAACAGGACAGGAAAUUUAAGGAUUUAGCAUAAACACCAGAAAUGCUAUCCAAACAUUUUGAAACCGAGACCUCUGUUUGAACACG